UCGCGGCGAAUCAUAACAAAAACUUUUAACAAAACAAAAAAAUAAAAACAUUUAUUAAUGAUGUCGUGAUGGAUGUGGACUGGAACGAUAAUGAUGACGACUUGGUGGCGGCCUUGGAGAUACACGAGCUGCUGGAGAGCAACCAGGAUCAAUCUGUGUCGAAGCCGCAGGAACCUUCAAGCCAUGCCGAGGAUGAGUGCCAUGGCUUCGACAUGGCCACCGGCCACAAUUGGAUCUAUCCGAACAAUCUGCCGCUGCGCGCGUACCAGCAGACCAUCGUCCAGGCGGCUCUCUAUAAAAACACACUGGUGGUGCUGCCGACGGGCCUGGGCAAGACCUUCAUCGCAGCCGUGGUUAUGUACAACUUCUAUCGUUGGUAUCCGCAAGGCAAGAUCAUCUUCAUGGCGCCAACGCGGCCGCUUGUCGCCCAGCAGAUUGCCGCCUGUCAGAAGAUCAUGCCCUUCCCUUCCUCCGACACCGUGCAGCUGACGGGACAACUGGCACGUGCGAAGCGCAUAAAUCUCUGGGCCAACAAGCGAGUUUUCUUCGCCACACCUCAGGUGGUGCACUCCGAUAUGCUGGAGACGGAGGACGGAGCUCAUUUUCCAUUUUCCGACAUCAAACUGCUGGUGGUGGAUGAGGCGCAUCGGGCGAAGGGUCGCUACGCCUUCACCCAAGUCGCCGACUGCAUGAUGGCCCACAAUCGGAACUUCCGCAUGUUGGCCUUGUCGGCCACGCCAGGACGAACAAUUGAGGACGUGUCGAGUGUCUGCCAGAACCUGUACAUUGCCAAUCUGCAAGUGCGCUGGGACAACUCGAUCGAUGUGCAGCCCUACGUACACAAGCGCAUUAUACGCACGAUUGUGGUGUCCGUCCAAGAUAAGAUUAAGGAAACGCGCGAGCGUCUGCUGCAGAUAAUCGAACCCUAUCUGCGACAGCUCAUUGCCGCUGACGUUCUGAAGGGCACCAAAGGCAACAUCAGCAAGAACAAUUUGCUGUAUGACCAGAAGGCGUUCAACGAACGCUCAGCCAGGGGCCAGCGACAUCCGGAGCACAACAUUAUAACUGGCAACUUUGCCGUGUGCAUCAGUCUGUAUCACUCGCUGGAGCUAAUGGAGCGGCACGGACUGCGUGUCUUCGUGAAUAACUUCGAUGCGGAUGAGGAUGGACGUGAAAAGUUUGUCUUAUCACGAGACAGAGACCUCAGGAAUCUGAUUGAUCAGGUGCGCAUGGAUUUGGGUACUAAUCCUCUGGAUUACACCACACAUCCCAUGACGAAUGGCGAGCUGCCGCCAAUGCCAGCAGACUUAGACUUCGGUCAUGCCAAGUAUGAAAGGCUGCGACAGGUGCUGGUCGAGCACUUUACGUCGCAUGCCGAUUCCCGUGCCAUUGUUUUCUGCGAGUAUCGUGAGUCUGUGAUGCUGAUUCAUCGUCUACUCCUGCAGCACCGGCCACUGCUGCGUGCGCGAUGUUUUGUUGGCCAAGGCAGCACCGCGGGCGCGAGCUAUGCCCUCACGCAGAAGCAGCAGAUCCAGAUCAUGGCUGACUUCCGCAGCGGCACCAGCAACGUCCUCGUGGCCACCUCCAUUGGCGAGGAGGGCAUUGAUGUGGGCGAAGUGGAAAUGAUUGUGUGCUUCGACAUUUGCAGCUCAAACCCGACGCGCUUCGUGCAACGCAUAGGUCGAACGGGAAGAAAGAAGAAUGGAGAGGUUGUGAUGCUCGUCACCGAGGGACGGGAGCACCAAGUCCUCAAAGAUGUGCUGGCCAACAAGGAUCAAACGAACAAGAAGCUGCUCAACUCGUCUGUGGUGAAAAUGUCGCUGUAUGCGAACAAUCCCCGAAUGGUGCCAGCACAGUUUCAGCCCAAGUGCGAGGAGACGCACAUGGAAGCAGCGGCCCUUGAGGAAAAACCGAAGUCCAAUGCAAAGACAAAGGAACGAAAGCAACCAAAGCCGCCGAGUGUCACCCUCCACAAGUUCUUUAAGCCAAGUAGCCAAGGGACGCAGAGCCAGGAAGGAAUACUCCAGGGUUUCGAACCUUAUCAGAUGAGUAAAGCCUCACAGCUAAUGAUCCAGGAAGAAGUCUCUCGAAGUGUAGGCGUUAAGAACUUGUUCCUAGACACCCAGGCAACAGCCACACUGAGCAACAGCCAGGAGGAUGUGCAACGCCUGCGUAAGCUCACACGCCUGCUGCAAUCGAACAAGCCAAUUGUCAGUGCCUCCCAAGACUUGGUCAGUCAUCUGCAAGACAAGGAACUGCCACGACCGCUGAAGCUCCAUUUGCUGCGCAGCAAUCCUGACUUUGUGCAGGAAACACAUUCAAAGAUGCUGAAUCAAAUCCAGAUGAACAUACCCGAGCAACGCUUGAAUGGCAGGCAGCAGCGCACCAGAAAUAAUUACCAGCUGCUGUUGGAUGUUUGCGAGGGACCCGACAACCUAGAGGAACUCUUGCAGUCGGAGCCAUCUCUGGCAGAGAUUACACUCAAAGAUCUGGAGAGUCCACUGGACGAGCAGACAGAAAGAGAUUUUAGAGCCACCUGUGAUAAGAUAUUCGACGGCCUGGAUGAGCAGGGCCUGAACUCGGACAAUUUCGAGCUGAAGCAGCAGCUGCUGGACAAGUUGGAGCUGCGAAAUCUGGAGGCGACAGUUCACGAGCAAUUUCGUGUCGAUGAAGACAGCUGGUCGGAAGAUGAAUUCGAGCAAGAGGUGGAAAAAGAAUGCAAUUCCAUGUAUCAAAGCCAGUGGCUGGAUUUUGCAGCCACAGAAGCGGUGCAGCAUAAAUCCACGCCGCUUAGAGCGAAGCCGGAGAGCAGAGCAAAGUUCGACGCACUCGAGGAGGAAGAUGAAGGCGACUCAAGAGUAGAGGCAAGCGAUUUGGGUGAUAACUUGGGUCGAUUAAAUUGCCUGAUGAGUGUGGCGAAAACUGAGCCGCAAGAAGCGACAGUUGCGGAAGCUACGGCAGAAGUCACUCAAAGUCCACCGCCAGAUGUGCAAACGGAGACAAACCUAACGCUAGAACCUGUAACCACUCAGGAUGAUGACUUGGGAAUCGAUUUAAAUGACUUCCUAGAACCAAUGGAUGAGGAGGUGGAGCUGAUAAGCCAGCAGAAACGAUACACGCUCCUUCCUUGUGAUGAUAUGAAAGAGAACCUGCCUUAUGCACCCAAAUCCUGCUCUACGCCGCGAAAUGUUUCACCAGACAUAUUUGGAUCCGACUCCAUGUCACCCUGCAAGCCACAAAUCAAAAGUUUAGCCGCCAAAUUAGCGGCCAAAACCAGCUCAGCUGCAGCCACAAGUAGCUCUCCCUCAAAAGCUUUCAAACUUCAGUCGCCAGAGCAUCGAAAGCGAACGACUCCGAGUUCACCAGAGAAAUCACCCAGCAUUUUUGAUCUGUACCUGAAUCGAGUGCGUGGACGCGGACGCAUGGCCAAGGCAGCGCAGUCGCUGCAUCAGCAAACAUCAGUGAAAGCCUCUGCUCCCAGCAACCUUGCAAAGGUCAUUGAGGAGGAUUCACCUUUCAUACGGCGACCAUCGAAGCGAAAGAUCGUCAUCAGUUCCGAUGAAGAAGGGCAACAGAAAUCAAUCAUGCAGGUGCCGGCCACCCAGGCUGAUUUUGAUACGGAUGAGGGCGAGACCAUUCCAGCCACACAAAUGGAAACGCCACCGCCCAAGCCACUCCAGAAACGUCGAAGGUUCAACUCCUUUAUUAUGGAUGAAGCUGACAAAAGCGGAUCUGAUCAUGAUGAGGAGGCCGAGACCACAAUAGGCACGUAUCUGAAGGAUUCUGUGGUCGUUUCCAGCGACGAUGAGCACCACAAUAACACCACUGAUCAUGCCAUGUACCUGCAGGCAAUCAGGAGCCCCGUGCAACGUCCUGGUGCCUUUAAGAUACCCGCCCGCCGUGUAUAUCACGAUGAGUCGCACAUCUUCUCGCAGGCCGUGGAGGCAGAAGCCUCCCAGUAUAUGCCCUCCUCCUUUGUUGUGGACGAUGACAGUUUGAGCCACGAGAAGCAUGAUGUCUCCGAAUGCCCGCUGGAGCGGGCGGAACGUAUUCUCAAGGAGCGACGGAGACAGCGACGACUUGGCGUCGUAGUGCCACCAGCUGCAUCCAACAAGCGUCGUCGUGUGCACAGAGUAGCCAGUUCCAGCGAUGAUGAUGAUGUGAUCUGUUUGGAUUGAAGUCCCAAUCGAAUACGAUAUUCAGUGUACAGUGAAUGCGGGCAAUACAUGUGUUCAAGUUCAAAUUAAUUCUAAGAUUAUUGUAAAUCAAAGCAAUUUGUUAUAGUUUUUACUCUGUUUGAUAAUUCAUGUUCAUUUGUGUCUUUGUGCCAUUCCAUUGUUAGAAAUUAUUUUGAGAAUUAUAUUUUCGUCAUUCAAUCGAUUG